ACCUCCUCCAUUCCAACGCCACUUGCCGACCACAACGCCGAUACCAGCCCAGAGUCCCAGAGCCCCCUCUAGCGAGGUCCGUACUCUUACUGUACGUACACCACGUACACCCUGCAACCGCCAUACCAGAUUGUCCAACCCGCCAACCCUCCAACGACUCGUCUCCUCAACAACACCGCUCCAACCUCCGACGUCAACACCACCCAAACCCGCACAACAUCACUCGAGAGCCGCCCUUCAUCUGGUCCCUUUCUCGCUGGCCGAGUACGAGCGGAGCUGCAAGCACCGGAAGUGUUGACGGAGGUCAGGAUCGCCCCAGCGGCGCGAGAGUUUAUAGGUUAUAGGUUAGGUAAGGUAGGAAAGCCAAAUAUGCAGCAGGCGAUGGAGGAGCUGGCCCCGCCGACAACACUCCUCACCACCACCCAAUCUCAGAUACCAGCAACGGCCAUCGCAGCCGGAGCACACGCAGCUCAGACGCUAUGGUCAACGUAUAGACAGCCGUAUCAGGUUUCGAUGCAACAGGACGGCAACCGCUCGACAAUGAACGGCGUGGUCAUUGGUCUGCUCAGCUCGUUUGGAAGCGCCGCCUUCAUUGGCCUUAUCUUUCUGAUCAUCUACUUCUUUAGAUACACAACCGGAGGACGUAUUCUACUCGACCGGAUUGGCCGGCCUGGCGAAUAUGACGAUGAACAGGCAUACGCGAGGGAAGAGGCCGAGGCUCUGGAGGAAAUGGAUGACCUCCAGAGGACGGAGUACCUGAGAGCAAAAGGUUGGACUUUUUACUACUUCACAGUUGUGUCUGAGAGCACAUUUACUAACCUAUCUUCCUUCUUUAGCCUUUAUCCAAGCCAACCCACCCGAUUCUCUACCAACCGACAUUUCAUUAUCGCAAUACUUAGCAAUUCAGGAAAAAGGCGUUUCAGCGUGGGAGUUUGAGCCAGAGUUGGAGAUAGCAAAUUGUUUCGUGGAAGGAAGGACCGAAAUCGAGUUUUAUGAUAGCGAGUGCUCGGUGCUGUCGAAUCUCCCACUUCCAAAGCAGAACGAGGUUUAUUACUGGGAGGCGAAGAUCUAUGAUAAGCCCGAGACGACUCUGAUCAGUAUUGGUGUGGCUACAAAGCCAUAUCCUCUCUUUAGGUUACCUGGUAAGAUUGAAGUUCUGCUGGAUUCAAGACUGACGGUGAACUAACUGUACCACGUAGGUUGGCACAAAUAUUCCGUGGCGUAUACUUCUACUGGACAUCGAAGAUACAACCAACCAUUCAGUGGCCCCAUUUAUGGCCCACAAUAUGUUCAGGGAGAUGUUAUCGGAGUUGGAUAUCGCCCUCGAACUGGCACAGUAUUUUUUACACGAAACGGAAAGAAGUUGGAAGACGUUGCACAUGGACUAAAGUCUCAGAAUCUGUUUCCGGCGGUCGGCGCGAAUGGCGCUUGUAAUGUCCAUGUUAAUUUUGGACAGUCAGGAUUUGUAUUCAUUGAGGCAAACGUUAAGAAAUGGGGUUUAGCUCCAAUGACUGGAAGUCUUGCUCCCCCUCCGCCAUACGGGAGCGAACAAGGUAGUAUUUUGCUAGAGGCUGGAAGAGAUGGCGCUCAAAGUAGUCAUCAAAGCCACUUCCCAGAUCCAAGGCAUGGGCGAUCACGAAGCGGGAAUUUUAGGCACCAUCCGCCCACAAGUCCAGGUCCUAUACGCUCGCCUACAGAUAUUUCUCUUGCUCAGCUUACACAUAUACCCACGAAUGAAGAACCUGGAGAAUCAAGUGCUACUGCUGGCACCUUACCCUCUGGAAAUACCCCACAAGCCUCCCUUAGUGUUCAACACCCCUCAAAUCCUCCACCAGAGUAUACAAGUCCCCAGCCAUCAACUGCUGGUAGCCCCCGCGGGAGCAGCGAAAGCGAGCGAGAACCUCUUUUACCGAGAAAGAGCACCCCUCCGCCAAUCCCAAGCUACAACGAUACCGUAGCAGAGGAUCGUGCCAGGGAGCGAAGCGCUCAUGGGCGAGAAAGAGCUGCAAGUCAGACAACUCGGAUACAAGAUAGGUCAAAUUCAUGACGAUGAGAGUUAGUUGGGUACAGGCCAAUAUUCUAAUUCGAGGUGGAAAUUUUCAAGCAAGGGGAUAAGGUGUUGGGUUUGGGGACGGCGGUCAAUCUUUACUUAGCGAGGGGAAAGUGCUUUUCGUUCGUUCAUCAUUUUCUUGUGGGGUGAAGCGAAUGACAAAUCCUGCAUGGCGUAUUAAGGAGUUUGGUCUGAAUAACAUCAAGGGAAAGAUGACAAAGCGUGUUUUCCUGGGAAUCUUUUUUCUACUCUCUUACAGUAUCUUUUUUGUGGACUUACAACUUUUCUUUUUGUCUAGUUUUUGCUCUCGGCUUUUUUGCGUAAUUUUCGUUUGUUCCUGUUGGUUGGGUUUGAGGCGAGUUGAGCUAGCGAGUACGAGUACAAGUACGCUAGAAGAUAUCCGAGAGAUGUGCGAAGUGGGGGUUUCGAAGGAAGGGAUGACGGCGAUUCAAAAUAUCAGAGACAAGAGGAGAGGAGAAGGAGGAUUUCUUUCGGAGGGGAAGUUAUAUAAAGAAAGCGAUUCGGAUAGGAAGGAGGAACUGAAUGGAAUGGAACGGGACGUCGUUGGGAAGGGAUGAACACGAGGUGAGUUUGAUUUUUUGAGCAAGCAUA